AUGUACAUCAAGCAGAUCAUCAUCCAGGGCUUCAAGAGCUACAAGGAGCAGACCGUCAUCGAGCCCUUCUCACCCGGUACCAAUGUCAUCGUCGGUCGAAAUGGAUCGGGUAAGAGCAAUUUCUUCGCCGCCAUUCGCUUCGUCCUCAGCGAUGCCUACACCCAAAUGAGCCGCGAGGAGCGCCAGGCCCUCCUUCACGAGGGAUCUGGCUCGGCGGUCAUGACGGCAUACGUCGAGGUCAUAUUCGACAACAGCGACGAUCGCUUCCACACAGGCAACAAGGAGGUCAGCAUCAAGCGGACAAUCAGUCUCAAAAAGGACGAAUACUCGAUCGACAAAAAGGUCGUCCAGUCCAAGAACGAAGUCUUCAGCAUGCUCGAGAUGGCCGGUUUCUCCCGAGUCAACCCGUACUACAUUGUCCCUCAGGGUCGCGUCACCGCGCUGACCAACAUGAAGGAGGCCGACCGUCUCAAGCUGCUCAAGGAAAUUGCCGGCACUGAGAGCUAUGAGGCGCGUCGAACUGAGUCGCGCAAGAUCAUGCAUGAGACCAUCAACAAGCGAGAGAAGAUCGAUGAGCUGCUCAAGGAUGUCAAGGAGCGUUUGCAGGAGCUCGAGGAAGAAAAAGAGGAACUGCGCGGCUUCCAGGCAAAGGACCGCGAGCGAAGGUGUCUUGAGUACGCUUACUACCACCACCAUCAACAGGUGCUGACCGAAGCCCUGGAGGAGAUAGAGCAGGCUCGCUUGGGAGCCGAUGGCAACAGCGAAUACCAGACAAGGUUUGCGGAGGGUGAGAAGAGCAUAGCUCAACUCGAAUCCACGCUAGAAGAGCUUCAACAGUCGCUCGAAAUGCUUCGCAUUGACAGGCAACAGCUCGAGAACGACCGUCGUGCAACGUCCAAAGCUCUAGCCAAGGUGGAACUCAAGGUCAAGGAUCUCGAGCAAGCUCAGAGCACUCAGAUACAAAGCAAAAAACAACACGAUGCCGAGCUCAAGAAUAUUCGGGCAGAAAUCAAGUCCAAAGAGGCCGAGCUCGCAACAGUCAUUCCUGAAUACAGCACGAGAAAACAAAAGGAAGAUGUCAUAAGGCAACAAUAUGAAUCAGCAGAGGCUACGCGUCAAAGACUCUUGGACAAACAGUCGCGUGGGGCCCGAUUUAAGAACAAGGCUGAACGCGACAAGUUCUUGCGUAGAGAAAUUCAGGAGCUUGGAACAAGUCUCAACGCUCUCAAGGCAAAUCGCAUGGAGUUGCAAGAGACUGCUGGAUCAACGGCGGCCGCAAUCCAGACUUUGGAGGCGGAUAUUGCGCAAUUGCAACAAGAUCUCCAGACUCGGGGCGCGCGCAAAGAAGCUUUGAACAAACAAUUAAUGGACGCCAUGAACAUGGAAAAUGCCCUGCAAGACGAGAAGUUGGAACUGAGGCGAGAAGCAGACAAGCUGGAGGCGAGGAUUGCCACCGCAAGGAGGCACAGGGAGAAGGCAGACCACAGGCUUGGCCAGGCCAUGGAUUCCGCGACAUCCCGUGCAUUGGACAAAAUUGCCCGUUUGAAGCGGGAACGAAACAUUCCAGGUGCCUACGGUAUUCUCGCUGAUCUGAUGGAGGUCGAUGAUAUUUACCGCGUCCCGGUCGAACAAGUCGCUGGCAACAGCUUGUUUCACUAUGUUGUGGACAACAAGGAGACCGGUACUAUGAUUCUUGACCUGCUCGAGAAGGAGAAGGCAGGGCGUGUCACUCUGAUGCCUCUGGCCCAGCUUCGUCCCAGGAAAGUGAACAUGCCCCGCGCUCAGAAUGCUUUCCCCUUGAUCAGCAAGCUCCAGUACGACGAGGCAUACGACAAGGCCUUCCAACAAGUAUUUGGCAAAAGCGUCUUGUGUCAAUCUCGCGACGUUGCCACGCAGUAUUCACGAACUCACAAUGUCGACUGCGUUACGAUGGACGGUGAUACCACGUCCAAGAGGGGCGCGGUGAGUGGUGGAUACACUGACCCAACAGCAUCUCGGCUGCUUGCUCUGCGGGAGGCAAACAAACUCAGGGAUGAGUACUACGAACUUCAGGAGGAGCUCGAGAGACUUCACAAGCAAAUCGAGCUGAAAUCACAAGAAACCACCACUGCCGUGGGUCUUGUGCGCAAGUUGGAGCAGGAAAUGCAUAAACUCGACAUGGAGUUUAGAGUCAAGGAUGCCGAAUUCGCGAGCAAGCGGAAGGAGCUUCAAGGACUGAGGAGGCAGCUGGACAAUAUUAAUCUAGACCUGGAGAAGGUGGACAAGGAGAUGAAGGAUAUGAACGAGACGCUCUCAAGCUACGAGGCUGAGGCGGCCUCGGAAUUCAAAAAGGCGUUGUCUUCGCAAGAAGAAGAGCAGCUGGAGGCACUGAGUAGUCAACUGGGCGAGCUCGGUACGCAACUCGCCGACUGCAGCAGGCGGCGCCUCGAGUUGGAGAGGCGUAAGCUUAUGUUGGAGAACGAGCUCAACAACAACCUUCGUCGCAGGGAGGACGAGCUCAUGAGCAUGGCGUUCGAUACAUCCAGCGGCGCUAGUGGUUUCGCGGGCCCCGUCGGCAGCGUUGACGAAGCCAAGAAGGAGCUUGCCAAACUCAAGAAGAGGGCCGCGCAUCUUGAUUCCGAACUUCGCAAGGCGGAGAUGGAAGCGGACAGGGUGACAGCACAGAUUGGCGAGUUGGAGAACCGCAAGGCCCAUAAAGAGCAAGAACAGCAAGAGCUGGCGCGCGAAAUUGAAAAGAUGCAGAAAAAGCUGGAAAAGGGCCUGUCAAAGAAGGCCAUCAUUGCCAACAAACUUGCCGAGUUCACCAAGAACAUUCGCGAUCUUGGUGUCUUGCCAGAGGAAGCUUUCGAUAAGUACGAAAGCAUGGAGAUGAAGACGAUCGAGAAGAAGCUCAGCAAAGUCAACGAGGCUCUUAAGAAGUACAAGCAUGUCAACAAAAAGGCAUUCGAGCAGUAUAACAGUUUCACAACACAGCAGGAACAGCUCGUCAAGCGUCGCAAAGAGCUUGAUUCUUCCCAACAGUCGAUCGAAGAUCUGAUCAGCCAUUUGGACCAGAAGAAGGACGAGGCCAUCGAGCGUACGUUCAAACAGGUGUCGCGUGAGUUCGCCACCAUAUUCGAGCGUCUGGUUCCGGCCGGUCAUGGCCGCCUGGUCAUCCAGCGCCGGGCGGACCGACGUCAGACUGGCGCCGAAGAGUCGGAAGAUGACCAGAGGCGCGGCACCAUCGAAAAUUAUACUGGCGUCGGAAUUAGUGUGUCUUUCAACUCGAAGGAAUUUGACGAACAGCAAAAGAUCCAACAGCUCAGUGGUGGACAAAAGAGUCUGUGCGCCUUGUGUCUCAUCUUUGCCAUUCAGCAGACCGAGUCAAGCCCGAUGGUGGUCUUUGACGAGGUCGAUGCCAACCUGGACGCCCAGUACCGUACCGCCGUGGCCAGCCUGCUGCAGUCCAUCUCGUCCGAGGCCGGCACACAAUUCAUCUGCACCACCUUCCGUCCCGAGAUCGUCCUUGUGGCCGACAAGUGCUACGGAGUCACCUUCACCAACAAAACCAGCUCUAUCGAUUGUGUGCCGACUGAAGCGGCACUGGACUUUGUCGAGGGCCAACAGAAGAGGUAG